AAACUUUUAUUACUUUAUAAAUGUUCAACUAAAAUCACGAGUCAAAAAAAAGAUCGGUUAAUUAUUCAAGCGGUUUUACAUCGUCAUGUUAUAGAAACAAUAUUUUCGUAUGCGUUACAUUAUUUUGGACAGACAGAAAAACAUGAAGCAGACAUCGUUAGAAAUGAAACUUUGUUAUCAGAAUUAUUGGCUCAUACCUCUAAAUGUCGUACUGGAGAUGAUGAAAUAACACGUGUUGGACCAACAAAAUUAAGACAACAAAUAUAUUCAAUUCUUAGCAAUCGUGGAUUUGCCAACGUAAUUGAUAACAAAGGUGAACAUGAACAUCCUUUCAUUAGUUCUCGUAAGGAAGAUCUUAACAAAGUUAUGAACCAAUUACGUACUAUCAAAGAUAAUGGAAAAAAAAAUAAUUCUGAAAAUUUGGCGGCGACUAUCAUUCGUGAAGUUGUGAAACUAUUUUGGUUCAGAUUGAAAGUCCAAGAACCUGUCGCCGAGUAUUUCUGGAUCCCAAAUAAUACUAAAGUGGAUCAAACAAUUAUGAAAGCAAACCAACCUGAAAAUGAUGAUGAUGUCGAUACAUACGUCGAUUUAUGUUAUUUCCCUCAAAUUGGAAAAGAUCUCGAUACAAAAGAUCCAAAAACUUACACUCUUGCAAACGUCAUUACACGAAACUUCCAAUACGAUUAUCAAGUUUUAGAGAAUAUUCCACAACAAUCAGAAAAUCAAAAUCAGGAAAAAUCUACUCAUAACGAUAAGCAAACGAUUAGUUUACAAAAACAAAAUCAAGAACCAUCAACUCAUAAGCAAAAAUCCAAUUCACAAAAACAAGAUCAAGAACAAAUUCAAAAGCAAAAAAAUGGGUCUCUAUUUGGUUUUUUGUCGGUUUCAAGGGUUGUCAAUAAGUUCAAAUUUCAAUAGUGCGGCGCAAUAGAAUUUUACUUUUUUUUUGUGUUACUUAUUUUUUAUGUAUGGUAUUUAUAAAUUUAAGCUAUUGAUUAAGAUUUUAGUAAAUAUGUAUUUUAAAUCGAAUAAAAACUCGG